AUGUCCUUCCGCUACGGGGGACACGGCGGAGGCCUCGGUGGGGGCCUCGGCCGGGGCUACGGGGCGUACGGCGCCAGCGGUGCGUACGGCGCUGCUGGCCCUUACGGCGCCGGCGCCAGCGGUGCGUACGGCGCUGCCGGCCCUUACGGCGCCGGCGCCGGCGGCGCGUAUGGUGCCGGCGGCGCGGACUGUGCGACCGCAUGCUGCGCCAGCACCAGCGCCUGCAUGGGCUGCGGCCCCGCCUGCGGCGUGGCCUGCGCCGAGGGUUCCGGCUGCGGCGCCGGCGGCAGCACGAUUCUUAGCUACGUCGGCGCGGGGGGCGACUACGUCCAGGAGACCACCUACCGGUACGUGGGCAUGGGCGCGGGCGAGUUCGGCGUGGUGCGCAUCCCAGGGCGCGGCCCGAGCUGCUGCCUGCUCGUGAUCCCCCUGGGGCUGUGUCUGCUUCUGCUGCCUCUCCUGCUGUUCGCGCUGGCGCCGGGCUCGACGACGACGACGACGACCACCACCACCACCACCACGCCGUUUAUUCCGCCGAGCACGGCGCCGCCCGACACCACCACCACAACCAAGAAGACGACCACCAAGCCGCCGCCCCCGCCCCCGCCGCCCCCCCCGCCGCCCCCCCCGCCGCCCCCGCCGCCCCCGCCGCCUCCGCCCCCGCCGACCACUGAGAAGAAGAUCAACUGCGGCGAGGGCGAUGUCGUGUCCUGGGACGUGCCCAAGAAGGUCUACUGCUGCCUGCACGAGGGUAAGGGCUGCCCGACGACGCCGGCGGCGCCCAGCACCAUGCCGAUGCCAGUGGUGACGACGGCGAGGAGCACCACAUCUCCGUGCCCGAUUGAUUGUAACGCCGGCUACAACGACCUGGACCCGCUGCAGUGGGUCCGCGGCUGGUCCGGCGAGAAGAAGCUGUAUUGCUGCAAGACGGCGAACAGGGGUUGCCCUUCGGAAUUGCCCCCGCCCUCGGGCCUGCCGCCGUCCAACGCGCCCCCCGAGCCAGACAAGAGCGUCUACGACUGCGACGCGGGCUACCACCACUGCAUGCACUGCCUGGUGCUGUCGUGGUCUCCGGCCAAGAUCGAUCACUGCUGCAAGACCCAGCACAAAGGUUGCAGGGGCGAGGAGCCAGAGUGA